AUGGACGUUCUCUUCCUUCUUGGCCUUUACUGGCUUGCUGCCAGCCUGGCUGGAGCGAGUCUCAGCCCCGUCAUUUCCGACGCAAGUCUCGUGUUGCCAUUCGAGGUGAUUGAAGGCGAAUCGACGGCCGAGGUGGUGUCUGUCGACGGCGGCCUCGACCUCCCGAAACUCACACCCGGCGUCAACAGCACAACGUUCGACUGGUGGUAUUUCGAUGUUGUUUCCUCAACUACUAUCGAGUCGUUCAGUAUCAUCUUCGCAAACAUCGAGAACCCAAACCUGGGAGGCGCGCUCGCCGUGCAGGUGUCGGGCACGUACCUAGACGGCACCACUUUCUCCAAGACGAUGCCUGCCACCAGAAACGCAAGCUUCGUCGCCAACGACAGGGGCAUCGCCUCGCACUGGGACGGAGAAGCUGGUGAUUUCUCGUUCAGCGGGACUAAUCUCGACGCACCCAACAUCACAUACACCAUCUCAGGGGACGACCCGGACACUGAGAGCUUCGGGACGGUGACGCUGACAUCGGUCUCGCCCCCUCGAUACCCUUGCGAUCCCAACAUCGCCGGAGCUACGGAAGAGAUCAUGCCGGAUGUCUAUUCAUCCAACGCGGUGCCCGACUCCGACGCAACGGUCGAACUUAUCAUCGGCGGACAAGCCUUCAACUUCGAGGGCUAUGGCUACCACGACAAGAGGUGGGGAGUCAAUCUCCUCGACGGGCCGGUGACAUCGUACUAUUGGGGCCACGGCCGGCUGGGACCAUACUCAAUCGUCUGGCUCGAUGCCCUGUCCAGGGACGGCAAGGAAUACUUCUCGUCUUGGAUCUCAAUGAACGGGACCGUCGCGUUCCAGAGCUGCGGCGACAAGUCCGUGGUCGUCCGCCCGUGGAAGAAGGACGGCACUGACCCAGGGUACCCUCCUAAGCCUCGGGAUCCAGCCCCAGACGGCUACGACAUCCGCUUCGACGUGGGCGAGGGCCAGGCCUUCACUGCACGCUUCUACACCAGCACCAUCCAGUUGUCCACUGACGUUUUCAAGCGGAUCACGGGACCUAUCGUCGGCGGCUUUGAGGGUGGGGAGAAGUAUGAAGGCGUGGCCCUGGGCGAGCAGGCCCAGAACUAG